AUGCAGUAUUGCACUGAUUGGAAUUUUGCAGGUGGUGACAGUGGAUUGGAUGGGUUAGGAGGACCAGGAGUACAACUUGGAAGCCCCGAUAAGAAAAAGCGCAAAGCAAAUACACAGGGAUCAUCAUUUCCUCCUCCAUCUGAAUAUGCUCCACCGCCGAAUCCGAGCUCUGACCACCUUGUAGCUGCAAAUCCAUUUGAUGACAACUAUAAUACUGUGUCUUAUAAACCACUUCCUUCAGGGAAUCCAUAUUUUAGUAAUCCUGGUUAUCCUGGCUUUGGAGGCUAUAACACUUUCAGGAUGCCACCUCACAUGCUGCCCAGAGUGUCCUCGCCAUAUGGUGGUUCUUAUUCCCUCAGAAACCAACCACAUCCGCUUCCUCAAAACCCUGUGGGAAUGGGUUUUAGUCGACCCCACUCUUUCAGCUUCGGUCCGCACGAUAACCCAGGUUUUGGGAAUCAACCACCUUAUAGUAGUGGUCAGAUAAAUCAGAAUGUCAAUAUGCCUGGUCAGCAUUUCAGACCAAAUCCUGGUGAGAACUUUGGCCAUUCUGGUCAGAUACCUCACCCAGAGGUGCCAUCUAACUUUGGUCCUGGAAACAAUCCAAAUUUUCCAAAUUCUCAGCUAGAGUCAAACCAUUCUUUUGUUCCUCCACCAAACACGUACAACCAGACAAAAUCAUCAGCACAAAAGCAAGACUUUAGUCAAGGUGCAAGCAAAGCAUCCAGCCAGAACACUGCUGCUCAUCAGCAUCAUCACAGGACAGAGGACAUUGUGAAUCAAGGUAACAGUGACCUAAAAAAUGUUUCUCGAAACAAUGUGGUAAAUCAGGAUAAUAGCCAUUCUAACAGUGCUGAUAACACUAAUGCUGGUCAUUCAAAUGGGACUCAGAGUAAGUCCCGCCAGCCUCGAGGUGCUGCUGAAGGAUGCAACUCUGAAAAGAGCAGCAAAACACCCCUUCAUCCCAGUCGCCAUGGUCACUCGUCCUCUGAACCCGUCUAUCCAUGUGGAAUUUGUACACAUGAAGUUAAUGAUGACCAGGACGCCAUCCUGUGUGAAGCCUCUUGUCAAAAAUGGUUUCAUCGGAUCUGUACAGGCAUGACUGAGUCAGCUUAUGGCCUUCUUACAGCAGAAGCAUCAGCAGUAUGGGGUUGUGACACUUGCAUGGCUGACAAAGAUGUCCAGUUAAUGCGUACAAGAGAGACUGCAGGACCACCUGCGUUGAAUACGGAUGGCUAGCAACGUGGACUGGUGGUAGUGGUUGAAAUACUUGCUCUGAAGAUUUGGUUAUGACUUGGGUACUUCACUUUCUGCAGACAAUCAGUUGUGUUUGAUUGCUAUCAUCUUUUUAACCCUAAUCUGUUUUCAUUCAUAAACUUCCAUCUCAGCUUUUGUACUCUUUAGUUUUAUGUGUGCAGAUGUUUUACAGGAUGGAAUAUUUUUUUGUUUGUGAUUAAACUGUAAAACAUAACUCACAACUGAUCAGAAGUAGGAUGUGCAUUGACAAUUUUAUUGUGGGCAAAAAUGUGCCUAUAUAAGUAGCCCCUAAUUUGCUAGUGUUAAUGUGUUAACUAACACUAGCAUUUAGUGCUCUGCUUUAAUAGUACUGUAUUUGCAAGUACUCACUACAUUUUAUUUUUUGGGGUGAAUAUCCGUUACUGAUGUUCUUGCUAUCCUUUCUUUGAAUAUAGUGGAGAUGACAUGAAGGAAUGUGCAGUACUAAUUUUUAUUUUAGGGUAAAUACAGAGAAUUU